GGGGGAAUGAGGGGGAAGGAGGGAGUGAGAGAAAGAAGCAAAGCUCUCUAGAUGUGAAAUCUGAAAUUGCUAUAAGGAGUUAUUGCAAGAUCCAUGUUCUGCUGGCUGGAGACUGAAGUGUGAAGGAAGCUCUACUGCAUGAAUUGUGCAUUUCUCUACUGGAACUAGGAACUAUAAGCACCUGAUUUGUGGAUUUGCUGCUGAACAUUUAGUAGUGUCCCCCCCCCCCCCCCCUCUUUCCCUCUGUUUUUAUGAGUGGAGGGGGUUGAACAGAGAGAGAAGGAACACAGCACACUACAAGAAGAAGAAGAAGAGAGAGCAGGAUUUGUUGGAAAUAGGAUCCACUGGAUGACACAUCAUGGGGAACAUCAUGAGGAACAUCAUGAGGAACAUCAUCAUGGGAAGGCAAGGAUUGUGUCAGUAGUUUUACAGGAGUUGAAUGCAGAACAUGGAGAAGGAUAGGAAGAAGAAGAACCUUAAAUUAAAAAAUCCACUCCGACAAUUGUCUUCAUAACAAAGGCACCCCAUGUGGAGCUAGGUCUCUCACUCCAUUGAGGAUUUUUGUUUUUUAUUAUUUUAUUAUUAUUAUUUUUGGAGACUCAUCAUUCACCAGGAAUGAUAUGAAAAGAAGCACAAUCCACAAGGUGCUUCCCAGCAAGGCUGAAGGAUUUAUUGCAGGCUGCAUCUCUCAGUGAAUGUGAUAUAAUGAAAUUGCAGAGGAGGCUAAGCAGAAGGAGAGCAGUGAAUGCCUGGAGUUUGGGCAUCAGGAUUACCGGAUCCAAGAAAUAGGGAGAAAGGCAGGCUGAAGAAGAAGAAAAAAAAAAAAAGAACCCAACAUGCAGAGCUGCACUGGGCUGUGAUUGGAAAUUUAAUCAGAUCCUGUGGAUAGGGUGAAAGUUUCUUAUUGGGAUUUGGCUGGACCUAGACAAGCUCAUGAGCGAUGGUGCGCCUGGAAUCGGUGGGAUAACUAUGAAGAUUGGAGGCUUUCUAUGGACCAGAGAUGGAUUGGAUUUUAAGGAAGAACCUGACAGCUGCAGAGUUUCAUCGUUGUCCUUCUCGCUUGGACACCUUGUGAAGGGAGACCAGGUGGAGGGAGCUGCUUUGGUAUAAUUUCAGCACCUUGGACAGCCAAAAGUUUGAAGAACAGGUCUUCCUAUAUGGUCCUGUUGCUUUUUGGAAGGUAUUUUUUUUAUGAGCACCCUCUCCCUUCUCCUCAGUGUGAAAUGAGCCUCAAGUUGUAGGCAAGAGUUGAAUGGACACUCUGGGCUGGAAUACUACUAAGAUGAGGGCACACCAUGGCUCGUUGUAGAAGCAGUGUUGGGUCCUGUGGUCAAUCUCUAGUUCUUCAGCUCUAAAAUUUCUUGGAUUCUCACCUGGAUCCUGUCUUGACACAAAUACUGGAACUCCAGCAGGACCAAACACACACAAAGUAUGAAUGUUGAACAAGAUGACAUUACAUCCACAGCAGAUGAUGAUAGGUCCUAGGUUCAACAGGGCCUUAUUUGACCCCCUCUUUAUUGUGCUGUUGGCUCUUCAGCUUCUUGUGGUGGCUGGCUUGGUGAGGGCUCAGACCUGCCCUUCUGUAUGUUCCUGCAGUAACCAGUUCAGCAAAGUCAUUUGCACACGGAGGAACCUGCGCGAAGUUCCAGAUGGUAUCUCCACCAACACGAGGCAGCUGAACCUUCAUGAAAACCAGAUCCAAAUAAUCAAAGUGGACAGUUUUAAACACUUACGACACCUAGAAGUGUUACAGUUGAGUAGGAAUCACAUUAGGACUAUUGAAAUCGGGGCCUUCAAUGGCUUGGCAAACCUAAACACGUUGGAACUGUUUGACAAUCGAUUGACCACCAUUCCCAAUGGAGCUUUUGAAUAUUUGUCAAAACUGAAAGAACUUUGGCUAAGGAACAAUCCCAUAGAGAGCAUUCCAUCGUAUGCUUUUAAUCGCAUCCCUUCGCUACGUAGGUUGGAUUUGGGGGAAAUGAAAAGAUUAUCCUAUAUUUCAGAAGGAGCUUUUGAAGGGCUUUCAAAUCUUAAAUAUUUGAACCUCGGGAUGUGCAACCUAAGAGAAAUCCCCAAUCUCACCCCCCUUGUAAAGCUAGACGAGCUAGAUCUUUCUGGGAAUCACCUUUCAGUUCUUAGACCGGGAUCAUUCCAAGGGUUAACCCAUUUGCAAAAACUUUGGAUUAUGCAUUCCCAAAUUCAAGUAAUUGAAAGAAAUGCAUUUGAUGACCUUCAGUCUCUUGUGGAGCUUAAUUUGGCACAUAAUAAUCUAACUCUACUGCCUCAUGACCUUUUCACACCUCUCCAUAACUUGCAAAGGAUUCAGCUGCACCACAAUCCCUGGAACUGCAACUGUGACAUACUUUGGCUUAGUUGGUGGUUGAAGGAGAUAGUCACGACUGGCAGUACAUGUUGCGCCCGUUGCGCUACUCCCCCCACCUUGAAGGGUACUCACAUUGCAGAGUUGGACCAGAAUUAUUUUACUUGCUAUGCCCCCGUGAUUGUGGAGCCACCCGCUGAUCUGAAUGUCACCGAAGGGAUGGCUGCUGAACUCAAAUGUCGGGCAUCCACAUCAUUGACUUAUGUUAGUUGGAUUACUCCAAAUGGAUCAAUUAUGACCCAUGGGGCUUAUAAAGUGCGUAUUUCGGUGCUUAAUGACGGCACGUUAAAUUUUACUAAUGUAACGGUGCGGGAUACAGGAUUGUAUACAUGCAUAGUCAGCAACUCAGCAGGGAACACCACUGCCUCGGCGACACUGAAUGUGACUGCGACCGAUCCUGGUUACACAUACUUUUCCACCGUCACUGUAGAGACUAUGGAACCAUCUCAGGAUGAGGCGAGGACCACGGAACAUCAUGUGAGUCCUACCCCAGUCCUCGACUGGGAGACCACAAAUGCAACCACCUCGCUGAUGCCGCAGAGCACAAGAUCCACAGAAAAGCCCUAUACCAUCCCAAUCACGGAUGCAAACAGUGGGAUGCCAGGGAUCGACGAGGUUAUGAAGACCACCAAAAUCAUUAUUGGCUGUUUUGUGGCCAUCACCCUAAUGGCAGCUGUCAUGUUGGUUAUUUUCUACAAGAUGAGGAAGCAGCACCAUAGGAAGAACCACCACGCUCCAACGCGGACUGUAGAGAUUAUCAAUGUGGAUGAUGAACUCACGGCAGAUACGCCCAUUGAGAGCCACUUGCCUAUGCCCGCAAUAGAACACGAGCAUCUAAACCACUAUAACUCUUAUAAGUCUCCUUUUAAUCACACAACGACAGUGAACACGAUAAAUUCAAUACACAGUUCUGUGCAUGAACCUUUAUUGAUUCGCGCCAGCUCGAAAGACAAUGUACAGGAGACUCAGAUUUAAAAUUCUACACUGCAGCAGACUAAGAGCAAAAAUAGACAAUUUAUAUAUAAAAAAAGAGGAAUGAAAAGACUGGGCUAAAUCUACUGUUUCCAAUAAAAAAAGUGUCUUUACA